CUUUUUCAGAUUUAGGGUUUAUAUUUUACAGAUGGAUCUCAAGAGCAAAUAAUUACAAAAAACACCAUCUACCACUCUUUCAUACUCUUUUUAUAUAUCUCGAGUGUGUUAGGAUUCAGAUUUAGGUUUUAUCAGUUCAACAGAUCGUAGAUUUUGACUCCUCUGUUGACUCAAAUCAGAAAUUAAGACCGAUUUUGUUAUAAUUAUUGAAGAUAUUAUUAUUAUUAUAAGUUUGAAUGCAAUGUCUUGGGCGGGUCCUGAAGAUAUUUAUCUCUCUACUUCUCUUGCAAGCUAUCUUGAUAGGAAACUUCUUGUAUUGCUAAGGGAUGGUAGGAAGCUGUUAGGGAUACUUCGGUCUUUUGAUCAGUUUGCCAAUGCUGUUCUUGAAGGGGCUUGUGAACGAGUAAUUGUUGGCGAUCUUUAUUGUGACAUCUCACUUGGUCUCUAUGUAAUUCGUGGCGAGAAUGUUGUUUUGAUAGGCGAACUGGAUCUUGAGAAGGAGGAACUUCCCCCUCAUAUGACUCGUGUUUCUGAAGCUGAGAUAAAAAGGGCGCAGAAAGUAGAGAGGGAAGCUACCGAUCUCAAGGGAACAAUGAGAAAGAGGAUGGAGUUUCUUGAUAUGGACUAAAUGACGCGUAGUGUGUUGCGAUUCGAAUCUGUCUUUCUCCAUCAUGCACCGAUAUUUAUGCAUGUCAUCCGCAAAUAUUAACGCGGGGUUGUUGAUGCUGGCUAUUGUCUGUUCUACCCUUUUCCUCUGUACUUUCAGUUGCAUAGUUUCUGUAUAACCUUUUCAAAGUACUAGGUUGAAAUUGUAAUUUGAAAUUAAUUGCUUUUGGUUGGAUUUUGAAUGUGUCUUAGGUUUGGUCAUCAUUGUGUACAUUGCUUUUGGUUGGUGUU